GCUUUUUACCUUAAAGUUUGCAUAGGAAGUGCUGCGUGGUAACUUAUAACUGUUGACAGUCACUUUUAUCAGUAUCUGAAGAGACAGUAAGCACACCUGUUUAGGAGACUGUCUUUACUGGAAAAUACACAGUGAAGGGAGGGAAAUAUUCAGCCUGGACAUACCUUGGUCAGAAGGGAGUGAGACCCAUUAUAGGUCUCUACCGGAAAGAGGCAAGAGCUGGAAGCCUGAGAUUGGGUGGCCUUUUUAGAUCACUUAGAGGAAAUACAGGUACAGUUGUCCUGAACUGUGAUAGUUGCUGUAAUGUUAAAAUGCUCAUACGGUUGUCCAUAGUUUUCCAGGAAAAAAACAGGGUGGACCAGCUCUUAAUUUUUAAUAUAGUGGGAAAACACUUUUUAAGAAAAAACUUUCCUGACCACCUUUUGCAGGCAACCUCUAUUUCCUCCUGGCAGUCUUAGGUUUACAGCCUAUUACUGUGUUCAUCUUCUAAUCUAUAUGUAUGUGUUAAAACGUGCCUUUAUGCCCUCACCACAGCUAUUUCACUUCCUUUUCCUGUAACCCCCAGUCCCAGCUUUCCAGAGUCCAGUAUGUGCAAUAUUCAACUACAUCAACUUGAUUUUUCCACUUGUAUCAAGAUCAAGCUUAAAAACUCCUCUAGUUCUCAACAACUCCCAUAGAGUCUUCCCAUCUUGCUUGUGCUCAUCUGCCCUCUGGACCAGCCUUUAUGUAGGAAGUUUUAACAGGUUUACAAAUCGUUACCACCUAAGUGUCAGAAGAAAACAGUAAAGCUAAUGUGUUUACUGGCUUGUGUGGCACAAGAUUUACUUGCAUGUCUCACUGGUGUCUUGUUUUAUAUGCUUUAACUUUUUAGUCAAUUUUUAAAAGUGGAUAGAUUAGAUUGAAUGUAAUAAUUGUUACACGUAGGCAUACAAAGUUGAGACUGUAGUGCUGUAUAAGCCUGUUAGCUAUUCAAUAGGAAUAUUCACAGACAGGAAAAACAAGAAACUAAGUUGUCAGCUGUUGGAAACAGCUUAAUCGCUUAAAAUUCCGAAACUUAUUUUAUAUUGGGCAGUUGAAGUAGCUUCUAAAACUAGCUGUGACCGGGGUUGCCAGCGCAUUGUGCGUAGGGGCCCCACCUACUCUUUCCCGGCGUUUCUGAAUGUUUGUGUUUUGCUGACUGCCCAGCGAGUUCGGUUGAUCACAUGAGGUUAAUAUGCCUGGGUGGCUCCGUGGGCCGGGGGAGGGAAGGCAGCACGCAGGAGCUGCCGUCUGCCUUCUCCGCCGCCUCCUUUUUCAGUGCGCCCAGGCUGGUGCUAGGAGGAGCUCGAACAGAGCAGGGAGACAACCGACCUUUUGGCAGCAAAUGGCUUUUCCACAGGAGACAACGCACGGGACUCAGGAGUUCUCCUUUCUGCCUGUUACUCUGGCUUUGCAGCUCCCUCUCUUCGGCCCGGCUGGGGCUGCGCAGAGCUGGUGGCAGCGUGUCCGUAGCCAGAUCCUUGUCAUGGGCGCCCCGUAGCUCAGCAGCCGAGGGAAGGAAAGGAAAGGCGUCUGCAGCAGCAGCAGAGCUUCCUUUGCUGGGCAGCAGCCGGAAGAGUUUGGGAACCAUUUUAGGGAGACUUUCUGAAGAUUCUUGUAUGUGUGACAGGUCCUAAACUGGAACAGAUCGGACAAAGCUGGUUCCUUCUCCCUCAUAUCCCGCUGUGGAUUAUUAAAGAAACUUCACUUGUGGGGGAGUUUGGCUAGGUUUCCGCCUACGGCGCUGGAGGUUUUAGUGCCCCGUUUGGGUGAUUCCCUCGCAUGAAAGGAGCGCCUCUCUGGUAUCGUUCCAGGUCUCUGUCCUCAAGCCUCAUGUUACCAGGAGGGGCCUCUGUUAUGAGUUGUUUUUGUUUCUAUGGGGAAACGUAAUGAGCUGUUCCACUCCUCAUGACGGGGAAAUCUGCCUUGAGCUUUCUGUAUUCGUGGAAGGGGGGAGUCCUGUUUACAUCAUGUUUGCCAGGAAGUAAAACCAGCAAGAGAAAAGAAAUGAGCCGUCAGACUGCUACAGCACUACCUACAGGUACUUCAAAGUGUACACCAUCACAGAGGGUGCCUGCUCUGACUGGCACUACAGCUUCCAACAAUGACUUGGCAAGUCUUUUUGAGUGUCCUGUGUGUUUUGACUAUGUGCUGCCACCUAUUCUUCAGUGUCAGAGUGGCCAUCUUGUUUGUAGCAACUGUCGCCCCAAGCUUACAUGCUGUCCAACUUGCCGAGGCCCACUGGGUUCCAUUCGUAACUUGGCUAUGGAAAAAGUUGCCAAUUCUGUACUGUUCCCAUGUAAAUACGCCUCUUCUGGAUGUGAGAUAACUUUGCCACACACAGAAAAAGCAGACCAUGAAGAGCUGUGUGAGUUUAGGCCUUAUUCAUGUCCAUGUCCUGGUGCUUCAUGUAAAUGGCAAGGUUCGCUGGAUGCUGUAAUGCCACAUUUGAUGCAUCAGCAUAAGUCAAUAACAACACUACAGGGAGAAGAUAUAGUUUUCCUUGCUACAGACAUUAAUCUUCCUGGUGCUGUUGACUGGGUUAUGAUGCAGUCUUGUUUUGGCUUUCAUUUCAUGUUAGUGUUGGAGAAACAGGAAAAAUAUGAUGGUCACCAGCAGUUCUUUGCUAUUGUACAGCUGAUAGGAACACGCAAGCAAGCCGAAAAUUUUGCUUAUCGACUUGAGCUUAAUGGUCAUAGGCGGCGAUUGACUUGGGAAGCAACUCCUCGAUCUAUUCAUGAGGGAAUUGCAACAGCCAUUAUGAAUAGUGACUGUCUAGUCUUUGACACCAGCAUUGCACAGCUCUUUGCAGAAAAUGGCAAUUUAGGCAUCAAUGUAACUAUUUCAAUGUGUUGAAAUGGCAAGCAAACAUUUUCAGGCCAGUGUUUAAAACAGUUGCAUUUAAUUUCGCAGAAACUAGGGUAACCAUCUUUGACUGCCAAACACAAACUAUUUGGUAGAGGGAGGCUAGACGUAUAUGAAGGUAAAUAAAAGGAAAGGCUGUUAAAUUGCAGGAAGCAGUUGCAUGUAGUAACACUAAUAUAUUUAAAAUAAGUCAACAGUAAACCACUGAAAAUAUAUAUACACCCAAAAUGGGCAUCUUUUGUAUUAAGAUUUGAUUCUACAGGAAAUGUUGUAAAAUAGUUCUAAAAACUUGUUUGUAGAUUGAUUGUACUGUUGAAAAGGAUACUGUUGUUUGUUUAUUUUUUCCUUUGACUGACAAGCCAUGUUGAGCAGUCUGGUCUCUUGCCGCUGCUUUUUCCCCUUAAGUCACUACAUAGUAUUGCUGCUGUUUGUGUAUAUUUUUUGUGUAUUUGCUAAUUUUUAUUAACUUCUAGUUUUUCAUUAAAUAAAUGACUUUCUUUUCUGUAAUUCAGGUUUUCCUCCUUUUUGUACCUUUUAAAAAUUAAUUGCAGGUGUCAUCUUUUGAUAUGCAUAAUUGCUUAUGGUAAAACUUAUACUUCUGUACAUUUGGUAAAUUAGUCUUUCCCAGUAGUCCAUUCAUUGGUGAUACUGUUCUUAAUUCAGCUAUUUUGUGAAUGUAUUCAACUCUAAAGAAGCAAUUACAUUGGAAGAAUUAUCAGAAAAACGGCUCCUUUAAAACAGGCCUAGAUGAUGAUGUACUUUGUUAUACCUUCAAACAGAAGUGAGGAGUUAUUGGUUAACAUCCUAAUUAAAAAAACUGAAAAUGCAGGCACACUUUAAAAAUUUAGAAACUUCAGACACAAACUCAUGCUUGUAUUUUGGUUUUGCAGUACAAGGCAUUGUCUUAUGCAGUAUUUGUAA